AUGGGUGAAGCUCAAGAUAUUUCACCAAGCGAGCCAGCAGUUCACCCAGAACACAACACCCACCCAAAUUUGGGUUUUCCUCCCUCAACCUUUCAGUUAUUAUGUGACAAGCCACUCACGGGUGGACUGGGCAAUAUGGAUGACGAGCCCUAUGACGACGCGGACCCUGUGACUUCAAGUUCAGAUUCUGAAACGGCACAAGACGCGUCAACCACAACUUCAAUCACCUCUCCAACCCAGCCUAAGGCUUUCCGAGGCCCAAUCCCAACUCUUGCACCAGGCCAAGUACUGAGCCAGAAAGAACUCAAGAUAUCCAGCAUGGCUCGCCAGAAACAAGUUCGCCAGAAUACGGCCAGCAAAGCCCCAAGGAAGGCACCAGUGGGUGGGAAGACUGUGAUGAAGGCGAAGAAGCGUCGUUCCAAGCCAGGCAUUGUUGCACUUCGUCAAAUCAAGCGGUACCAGAAAACAACAGAGCUACUCAUUCCCCGUGCGCCAUUCGUCCGCCUCAUCAAAGAGAUCAUGGUUGACCUGAAAUCGCCCUAUCGAAUCCAAGCGACUGCAGUUUCUGCACUACAAGAAGCAGCUGAGACCACUUUGGUCAAGGAGUUUGAGAUGACGCAACUUGCUGCGAUCCACACAAAGCGUGUUACCAUUCAGCAGAAGGACAUGAAACUGGUGCAAUCAAUGAGGCUCCAUAUGAUGGGGUUCCGGUUCCCAGGUCAGCUACUUUGA